ACUACAACACUGGUUUGGAAGGAGGCACAGGAGAUGCUAAGGACACAAGCAAGGAAGAUUUUGAACCAGUGGAAUGGAAUGUCCCCAUUGACGUUGACAAGGCCAACUCAGAGUACAUAGAGAGGAGUGAGGAACUAUGGCAGGCGAUUGAGAAGGCUCGCUGGACUUUCUGGGAAGAAGCCAAGGAAGAUGAAUGAGAUAAAGAGAAAAGACGCAGCAGUAAAGUUUAAAGAAGGAUUGAAUUGACCCGUAAUCUGUAUUUAAACCAUUUACGAUUGUUGGUUUGCUUUUCCACAUGAAUGACAUAAGCUUUAUUCUUUAAAAGAAAAACACAAAAAACAUUGUAUGAAUGUGUAAUAUUUUUGUUUUCCAAAUACAUGUAUAAAACUGAUAGUCAGCGUUGCCAUUGGUGAGAGGCUACUUUCUUUUCAUUGUCACUUUUUUAAUUUUCUUUUUGAGUCUUUUGGUAAGCAUGAUAUUCCAUAUUACAGGCAUGAGUAUGAGGAAUAACAUCAUAUCAAUAGAUAAUAAAAGUUUGUAUCUGUUAAUUAAUGUAGAAAGCAGGUUAAUAUUGAUGUAAAGUUCAUUCAUGAAUGAGCAGUAAUUAAUUGAAUUUAUGAUUUCUACACAAGAAUUAUAAAAAAAAAAAAUACAGAAAAUGUACCUAAUUUAUUCAGUAUAAUACACAGGUUUUUCCCUUGUGAUUUUUUUUUUAAUAUACUGAUUUGUAUUAUGUUAGUAUUUUCCUAUAAUCUUUUACAUUUAGAUGUGUAUCACUUACUAAGAUUGUCUAUAGAUGAUGCAAUAGCAAGAUCUCUUUUCAUGUCAGCAGUCUUACACUCUAUUUUUGUACCUGUAGGAUUACAUGAUACAAAGAGGGAAUUUGUAUGUCAGUAUAAAGUUGCUGUCGGAGGCAAGCACACGAAGCACAAGCGUUCGUGUACAGAAGUCAUGUGAUCUUGUCAUAAACUGUUUAGCACAUGUUGGCUCGGUACUUAUGGAGGCUUGUGGCUUUUUGGCGUGGCUCAUCGGCAUUAUUAUAUAUCUAUUUCUGAUUAAUGUGUUUUAUCCAUUUCUAAAUAAAUUGGAAGUUCAUAUUGAUAAAGGAAUGAGGUCAGUUUACCAGUUACGAGUGUUUUCUUUGAAAUAUGAAGUGCUUUAUUGUUUGUGUAUCACUACCUCAUUAUCGACUUGUAACUCAAAAAGAUUUGGUUUUAUAUAGUUCAUUUCUCUUACAUUUUUCCUUUUUAAUGCCACUUCAGUUCCUGAUGUGAUGAUGAAUCAAACAGGGGAUUCAUAUAAGUCAGAUUAUUUACACAUUCAUUGGGGUGUUUUUGCAUUUUAUAUAUAUAUGAUCAAUCAGCAAUGCAUAUGCAUUUGUAUAGUUAUAUAUAAUGUAUAUGGACCAUUUGUACAGUAUGUAAUGAAGUAGUUAAAAUAUUCAUCAGAAAUAUUAUAAUGAUAAAUGCAUCAUCAUGAAUAUUUGACAUUUGUGUGUUCUCUAUGUGUGUUUUUUGCUAAUAUGCUAUUUAGAUUAUUUGUCAUUUCAUAGAUCUCAAAAGUACAAAAAGAAGAGAAACAGUACUUUAAAGGUUUUAUUUUGUUAUUUCCAAAUUUUCCCAUUGAGCAAGACAUCCAGAAUCACUCAGCAAAAUUUGGUAGAAUUAUUAUUUUGUAUAGAAAUAUAGAUUAUACUUAGUUUUUAUGUGAGAAGAUUAAAAAAUCUCGAGCAUUU